CUUACGUUUACAAUGGGUGGAAGAGAGUUUGAUCCGGAUCAAGACAAGGGUCCGUUAGAAGAUUACGGAGUUACGCACGGAUGUGCGCUUCGGGUGACAAGACAACCUAACACGGCCCCGGAUGACAGUACCGGCUUCGACUGGGAUGUUUUUCCGCAACCAGCUUUUGCAAGCAUAGGUCCCCGAAACCAUUCCUUUAAACACGCUUGUCAAGGACUCAGGGAAAAGGUAUAUGAAUUUACAGAAGAUCAACGACUCGCCUGUGGUUUCUCUGGAGAUGAUGUUCGAAUUCUAGUAGGGGCUAGUCAUAGCGUCGAUGUCAUCGAACGGGAUCCCGCAUGGAGGUCAGGUGGAACAACUUUACAAGGCCACAGCACACAACAGUUUACCACAGCUGAACCAAUCAAAGUGGAUCAUUCACGGAAGGUUGAACUGGUACUCAGGCUUGUAGCCAGAGAUGGAGAGGAAGAUCUAGUAUUCCCCGAAGGUGAAUGUAAACCGCUAUCAACUCUGACUCCACCAGCUGUCCAAGAGUAGAGCAGACAAUAAAUCGAUGUAAAUGAAGUCGGUUCAAAAAGUAUAUUCUAAUUGCUUUCGGGUUUGUCUAGUUAACAGAUGACACCAGAUUGUGUUAAGAAAUUACAUAACCUGAAUGCAGACAUUUUGAUUGUUUUUUCGUAUUAUCUAUUGGAGGAUAGACGCAUAGAUGACGUUACCAUCAACAAGUUCUUGCUUCUGUACUAAUGAAACGUAGAUUCCAUGUUGCCAUUAUUCUGGUCAAUGAUAGAUCACAGAAGACGUAAAAUGUGGCAAUACCCAUGUAGGUGGACCAUUUCAUUUCAGCGAAAUUUUGCAGUAUUUUGUCCACUAUUGAGUAAAAUUACCAGAAUAAAAGAAUAAGUAUAGAAAGUGGA